CCUUGGUUUCAGUUUAGUAUUGUUGGAUCCUGUGUUCUGUUCUGCUGUGCCUUGUUCUCUCUGCUCUGUUUGUUCUGCAUUGUUUAGUUCAGUUCAGUUUUUCUUUGCCUGCACUCAAGCUAAAAUAAAGAAGUUAUUCUUCAGUUCAUACUGCCUGCAUCCUGCAUUUGGGUCCAUCUCCUGCUACUGUUACUGACAAAAGGAUCCAACUACAGGUGGAUCCCGCAAACAAACCUCAUGAGGUGACUUUUAAACCGUUUUGCUUUCGUUAUGACUUCAACUACACCUCCAGUAGUGAGGACAGAGAGGCAGUUUUAUCAUCGGCACGGCAGUAAGUUUAUUCAAGGCCUUGGUUAAAGAAUUUGCUAUCCAGAUGGGUAGAGGACUUUUUGAACACUGGUGUAUAUCUGCCUGCUUCCCAGACAGCUAACCUGCAGCAUGUCAGUAACCAACAUGUUAGCCACCACAUGAUUGCCAUCCAGCCUGCAAGCCUGUUAGCUCCCAGAAGCCAAGCUAUCCUGCUUCCCCUGAGCCUGUCACUUCAACCUCCUCUGCACUUCAGCUUCCACCCGAGUUGGCAAGCCUCCUGCCUGAAUAUGCCCCUCCAAGUCCAGCCCCAGUCCCCCUGGACACUUUCAACAGUAUUAACUGGCUAGACAUGGACCCAGCAGACAUGCUGAAGGAGGUAAAAGACGUUUUGUAUGCUAUGGAGCGAUUCUCUGCCUACCGCUGUGAGACCUCCAAAAUUAAGCAGAGGAAUGCAGCUUUUUCUCAGAUACUCUGCACUUGUUCAUCCAAGCUGUGGCUGCUGGAACUUCUGCCUAAUCUGAAGGAUCCCCUGCAGCCCCACCUCCAGUCUGCAGCAUUCCCUGUGGUCCUGCUUCCUGCAUCCCCUGUCCCUGCUGAGCUGCAGCACUCUCCGUCCCUGUUGAACUGCAACAUUCCCCUGUCCCUGCUGAGCUGCAACAGUCUCCUCUUCCUGUUGAGCUGCAGCGAUCUCCUGUCCCUGCUGAGUUGCUAUAGUCCCCUGUUCCUGAGCUGCAACAAUCUCCUAUACCUGAGUUGCAGCAGUCUCCUGUGGUUGUGCUUCAACAGCCUUCUCUGGCCACUCCAGCUCACCUGCCAGACUCUGAGCCACUGGCCACAUCUGCCAGCCACAUCCACUGACCUCCUCCCAGGCCUUCAGCAGUCAGCCAUCUCCGCAGACCUCCUCCCAGACCUUCAACAACUGGCCAUCUCCACCGACCUCCUUCAGCAUCGGCCGCCUCUGCUGAUGUACCCAGCCUUUGUUGCCGACCUCCAGAGCAGCCCUGUACGUCUGGUCGCCCCUUCACCUGGUCAAGAAUGA